AAUUUCAGCAAAAACGAUCGGGAACCCAGCUUAAGUUAAUUGAGUUCCCAUCUUUUUGUAAAAUUAACGGUAUGACAGUUAAUCUGAUAAAAAUGUAUAUGAUGAUUUUGGGUAAUACCUGUUUUAUUUUUAGAUACGCAUCGGGAACCCGAAAGGACUAUAUUUACUAUAUACUUACACCUUAAAUCCUAUGUGUGUGUGUGUGUAUAUAUGUAUUUAAGUAUUUAAAGCCGAACUGUAAUAAGGAUUUAGCUUCAAGAAGAGACAGUUGGGAUAAAUCUACAGAAAUGUUUAUUAAACUAGUUGCUGUAAUGUUUUUGUUUACAGGAAGCAAUUUCUUGAAAGCAAUUAUGUUGUAUUGUGGUGACAAGGGGAUGCAUCGCUACAACAGUACGAUACAAGAUUGUAUAAACGGCAUCGUUAAACCGAAAAUAUUUCUGAUUUGUGGGGUCCCUCCGAUGGAUGAGAAAUAUGAUGUAAAUACACAUUCCUGUGUAGAUAACAAGCUCGUUGUAAAGGGGACAUGCGGUAUUAAGAAGUUAAGCCGCCGUAAGAAAUGUUGUGGGGAUGUGGUUUAUGACCCCCGGUAUCAAACAUGUUGUACGAGUAAACAUGAGCACCGGAUCCACGAUCAUAAGCAGGAGAUAAAGCAUGUCUGUUGUAAUCUGGAAGCUUACCAUAGGAGAUCGGCUAAAGCUACAUGCCAUAGAUCAGCGCACAACGACCAGUUCUUUAAACCGAAAAUAUUGAGGCUGAGGCGGGUGAGCCAGAAAAUAUGCAAGGAAUUUGAUCAUGUGUAUAAAGUAAAAGUGAAGAGUCAGGUAUGCAAAGGGAAUCGACGAUGUUUGAGAGUUAGGGUUUCAAGAUGGGCAUGGCAUCCGUUAAAAUCAACCAACCUGAUGUCGACAUCUCCAAAACAGAAGAAACAUAUGCGUGUUAAACUAGAUAAAUACAGUGGGAAGAAAAAUUUAACAGGACAAUUAUUUCUCAUAUUAACAGACAGGAAAUAUUCAAUGAAGAAAGUAUUCCGUUUGCGUUUUAGUGAAAAUAUUUAUGCUUUUCCAAAGAAUAAAGUCUUGCAAAAGCGAAUGUUGUCGAAGAUUAGUAAGAAGUGCAUGGAAGUGCUGAAUAUAAAUAAAUUUGUUUUGUCAAAUGGAUAGCAUGAAAUGAUCUGCUGAAUAAGAUAUAGUACAACGUUGUACUGACAUACAGGUCAGAGGUCGUGAACAUUCGUGUGUUAUGUCACUAGCACGACAGUGAAUAUAGUAUUUGGAGACUGGCGAAAAAACUUGAGUUGUGAGCCAUUUGUGGCUAAAUUGUUCGAACUCUUAUAUUUAAGCAAGAUCGAUUCGAACUCUUAUAUUUAAGCAAGAUCAGGUCGUUUUCAUUCCUUAUGAAGCAUUACUGUUAAACUCAUUGUUUGACUGGCAAGUGAAAACAACGAAGGAAAGAUACGCAGUGGACUCGCUCUCAGACAAAGUAAAGAGUUUAAAAGCUUAAAUAUUUAUUGCAACUAUGCUGUAAAGGACUGAACGUGAGCUGAUAUGUUCACCCAUGUUUAUCCACAAGUAGUAGAGAAUUGCGUUAAUUCUUUUAAUAGUUUUUAAAACUUAUAAGAGGGGAUUUUUAUAUAUAUAUACAUGUAU